UCUUGAACAAAGCCACUGCUCGACUGUGGAAUCCGAUCGGUCGGGGAGUGGCUCGUCCCAGAACUGCACAGUGCUUCACGACGUAAACGUAGAUCGUAAGGCGAUUUCAAAGACGCAGAAGAGAAAAGUUUCGUUGGCAUGGAGACGACCGAUGGGAAUCUUGGCGAAGCAGCUUCGCCUCGCAGACAGGGAGAUGAAACCGCAGGACAUCUGGAUGCUUCGAUGGAAAUAGAUGUAAAUAUGAUGCCCCCACCACCGACGCCGCCUUCUAAAUUUAAAAAAUUGUCAAGUGAAGAAAGGAUGACAGUGACCGAGUUGCUGUCGCUGUGGCCCUCGGUUCGUCCUGGAUUACCGGACACGGUCAUAAACAGUAUUAAGUACCUUGGGAUGUACCUAAACCAAUUUAGGUGUCCUGUUGAAGUAAAAGAAGACCUACAGACUGACUUGCCCAAAGAACACUCAGCAUGGAUGCCAUUACUAGAGAUGUUUUGUACAAAAAUGGCUAUGUGGGUGAAAGGGAAAAGUAAAUUAAUAGAUACGUGGAAUGAACUACAAAAAAUCUUACCACAACAACUGGCAGAGAUAUUUGAACGACUGGCGACAACAUUUUAUACAUUAGGAGCUUUAAAUGAACAGCGCCCUGCCACAUCACCCAAAGUGACAAAAUCACCCAAGACAGCUGAAAAGGCAACGACUUCGACCUCUGUUAAACGAAGUCCCUCACUCGUAGAAAUACAUUCCACAGAACCAGAAAUCGCCUUUCACGAAAUAAAGGCACUUAUUAUUUUAAGUGAAGCUGCAGAUGUGAUAGCGGGAAUCAUGAAUCUUUCAUAACCGACUGUUCAGAUGACGACAGCAGAUGCUUCGAUUCAUGUUCCCGGUAAGUGCGUUCUAACGGAGAACUCUCCAAUCUCAACGCCUGCGUUUUUGCACUGUUAGAAAAUAUUCAUGAUUAAGACGAUGGACAUUGCGCUCCUAUUUAUUCUGUUACCUACCAUUGUUCGUAUUCUUUCCCUCUAUGAAAUAAUAACGGUAUUGACAAACGCAUAUAAAUAAUCUACAAAACGAAGUGCUUACGAAUACAGCAUUCUACCUUCUGAAGAAAUUAAUACUCGAAAAUUUGAAUAAUUAUUUUUUGUUUAUAUAAUAUUCAUACCCAGAAUUAUUAUAAUACAGCAUCUUCAUCUCCCAAUAACGAAACUCUUAAAACUAUUAUAAAUUAGCAUUCUUAAUUAAUAACUUCUCAAAAUCAAUACGAUGCAGCACAAUGACUUAAGAAUAAGGUCGAUGUCCUAAACGUCGUGAAAGUGGCGUACGUAUAUACUAAAAAGUCAGUGCCCAAUAUGACUAUAAUUGCAGUAUUCUUUUCUCCUGAAAGUAAAAUUAAUGUUCAAAACUAUAAUGCAGCGUCUUCGUUCUAAGAGUUAAAUUAAUGCUCUGUAGAAUUUCAUGUAACAGUCCUUUAAUAACGAGACAUGUUUAGCACAAUCAUAACGUAGCAUUCUUUGAUCUUAAGACUUAAAAUUUGUAAUGCUCGUUACAUUACAGUCCAAUUUUAUGACUCACGUAAAAUGAAAUCAAAGGUUAUAUUGAAACUUUCCUAACUCUUAGCAACGAAAUGUACAUAAUCAUGGAAAUGCAAUAUUUUCUUUAAACCACGAAAUAAAUGCGCAAAAUUAAACUCUAAUUUGUAUAGCGCAUAUGAUUAAAAAGAAGUGAUGUGGUUCGUGAGACGUGACAUACUUUCUGAAUGAAACGACACUGGAUCAUAUGAAAGUUCGCGAGAAAUAUGUUGCAUUUUAAUUUAUUAUCCAUUCAGGUAUCAUGCAAAUAAUGUUCUGGGCAUGAAUAUACACUAAUUAUCAAGUACAUGUUAAUUUUAUUGUAAUUUUAAUUUCUGUAAAAUGUAACGUAUGUGGCCUAAAUGUACUGCUUAUUAUGCGUAAUACAUAUUCUUGUAAUUGGUCGCUCACGACAUUUCAAAAUAUAUGAUUUCCACAUUCAGAGCAAAUCUGUUGAUUGAUAUAUGAAGACUUAAAUUGCGACACUUUUGGUAUAAAUGUCCACUUAACAUAUUUGGUGGUGGCUCGGAAAUUGUGUAUUUCAUGGACAUGUCAUGUACUCCUUAUAUAUGUAUCAUGGUAACCGAAGAUAAUAUACGGAUAUUUCAUUAGUGCAGUCAGUGUGUAUGAAAAUAUAAAUUUGUAAUAUGAGUAAUAUUGUAUUUUAUAUCUGAUUGUACAAACGUGUAACAAUUUAAUAUUAAU